AUGAUUGCCUCCAAGGGACCAACCAUUCCUCCUUCAAACCACGAAUUAAAAGGAAAGCAUUUAAUCGAUCCUAGCUAUAAAUUGGAAUCAGACGACGACCAACUUUUUGUUUGGCCGAUGCAUCGAAUGACGCAAACCAUUAAUGCAAGGACCCUACAUCACCCCUAUUUGCAUGAGCAGCAGUAUUAUGAGCCUAGUUCCCGGAUAAGUCCUUUCUUAUCCCCUCGCUUCAAGGAUCCAUCACAAAGAUUGGUGUCGGAAACGAAUCACAAUGCCUCCGUAAAUAACAACCUGACUCCCCAUGCACUUUCCGAAGACCAGUUCCAAGCCACGAGAUCGAUUCGUCCUUCUCCGACUCGAAAAGCUUUUGUCGAACUGGAGUUAAACUCAAAAUCGCACAAUAAAAAAUUGGAUUGGCCAUCACAGAGCUCUCCUAUUCAGACUAAGAGACAAUAUGAACUUAAUAGCCACAAGAAAUAUCAGGAAGCAGUGGCCAGCAUUAAAAAUACACAAAAUCACGCAAAUUACGCUAUAGCAAGAAAACAAUGUCAUCUUCCAAAUGGAGAAAAAAGCUAUAUUUGCAACACAAUAGAUAAAAGAGUAAACACAGAGUCCAUAAGAAAAGCAAUAAGCCCUGAGUCUAAGCAUUUAGAGGCUAGUUUAUACCCCUGUCCCAAUAGUGGAUACGUCAACGCUCCCUUGCUUCAUGACCAAGACGUGUCUCCUUCAGACUCAUUCAAUUGCCAAAAUAAUCUUUCAGCAAGUUUCACCUCUCCCUCUCCUAUGAAGAUACUUAAAUUCGAUCCCAAGUCAUCAGAGUAUCAGUCAAAUCUUGACUAUGAAAUGCCCGAUUCGUUUAUAAUUGGAUAUUCGGCACCACUUAGUUCGAUGCGAUCAAGGAGCAGUGAGAUGCGCUGUAGAGCACAAGACUAU